ACUGCAGAAGAGAAGGUGGCAGAGGAAACUAUGUCGAACGUUAUCCUGGAGGGCAUCUUUCUGAAACGCUCUCAGCAGAAGAAAAAGACUUCCCCUCUCAAUUUCAAGAAGCGCCUCUUUCUGCUGACGGAGACCAAACUCUCCUACUAUGAGUAUGACUUUGAGCGUGGGCGACGAGGAAGUAAGAAGGGGUCGGUGGACAUUGAGAAAAUCACCUGCGUGGAGACUGUGGUUCCAGAGAACAAUCCUCCCCCAGAGCGGCAGGUCCCACGAAAAGGAGAAGAUUUAAAUGAGACGGAACAGAUCUCCAUCAUAGAGCGGUUCCCUUACCCAUUUCAGGUGUUGUAUGAUGAAGGACCCCUGUACAUCUUCUCGCCAACCGAGGAUUUACGGACCCGCUGGGUUCACCAGCUGAAGAAAGCAAUCUGCUACAACAGCAACCUGGUGCAGAAAUACCACCCUUGCUUCUGGACUGAUGGCCUGUACCUCUGCUGCUCCCAGACGGCCAAGCUCGCCAUGGGCUGCAAACUUGUGGAGAGCCGGACUGGAAGUUUCAGGAAUGCCCGUUCUCACCACAAAGCAGAGAAGCCUCUACCACCGACUCCAGAGGAGGACCAGAUGAUGAACAAGCCGUUGCCCCCCGAGCCAACCGCCAGCCCCCCAUCCAAGAUGAAGAAGGUUGUGGCACUCUAUGACUACACUCCGAUGAACGAACAGGACUUGCAGCUGCAGAAGGGCGAAGAGUACAUUGUACUGGAGGAGAGCAAUGACUUGUGGUGGAGAGCCCAAAGCCAGAACGGGGAAGAAGGUUAUAUUCCUAGCAAUUAUGUCACCGAAGCAAGAGAUUCCCUGGAGAUGUUUGAGUGGUAUUUGAAAAAUAUAACCCGAAGGCAGGCAGAGCAGCUGCUGAAGAAAGAGGGCAAAGAUGGAGGUUUCAUUGUCCGAGAUUCCACUAGCAAGACCGGAAAAUACACCGUCUCUGUUUUUGCGAAGUCAGCGGGGGAACCCCAGGGGACGAUCCGCCAUUACGUCGUGUGCUCCACGCCCCAGAACCAGUAUUUCCUGGCAGAGAAGCACCUCUUCAACACCAUCCCGGAGCUCAUUAACUAUCAUCAACACAACUCGGCGGGGCUUAUUUCCAGACUGAAGUACGCGGUUUCGUCCAAACAAAAAAUGGCUCCUUCCACAGCAGGACUUGGAUACGGUGCGUGGGAGAUUGAUCCGAAAGACCUGACAUUCCUGAAGGAGCUGGGGGUGGGGCAGUUCGGAGUGGUGAAGCACGGAAAGUGGAAAGGCCGGUACGACGUGGCGAUCAAGAUGAUCAAGGAAGGCUGCAUGUCGGAGGAUGCGUUCAUCGAUGAGGCCAAAGUCAUGAUGAACCUUUCUCACGAGAAGCUAGUGCAGCUGUUUGGGGUGUGCACCAAGGAACGACCCAUCAUGAUCGUCACAGAGUACUUGGCCUUAGGCUGCCUCUUGACCUACCUGCGGGACCCUCGUCGAUCUUUCCAGAGCUCUGAGCUUCUAGAGAUGUGCAAGGACGUCUGUGAAGCCAUGGAGUACCUGGAAUCCAAGCAGUUCCUGCACAGAGACCUGGCUGCUCGCAACUGUUUGGUGCAUCAACAAGGGUCUAUCAAAGUAUCUGAUUUUGGCCUCUCCAGAUACGUCUUGGAUGAUGACUACAUCAGCUCCAUGGGCUCCAAAUUUCCAGUCCGCUGGUCCCCUCCAGAGGUUCUUCUGUACAGCAAGUUCAGCAGCAAAUCGGAUGUCUGGGCUUUUGGUGUUCUAAUGUGGGAAGUUUAUACUUUGGGGAAGAUGCCCUACGAGAGGUUUACCAACAGUGAAACAACGGAACAUGUGACCAAAGGGCUGCGUCUCUAUCGCCCCCAGAUGGCUUCUGACAGAGUCUACAGCAUCAUGUACAGCUGCUGGCAUGAGAAAGCUGAGGAACGCCCCACCUUCCAAGUCAUCCUGGGAAACAUUUUGGAUUUAGCAAACGAAGACCCCUGAACAGCCUCCAGCAUCACAA